CCAAAAUAAAAUAAAAUGCGUAGCAUUAUUAUAUGUAUGAGAACAAUUUUACUACAAAACGCAAAUAUAUAUAUAUAUUUAUAUAUAUAUAUAUAUAUAUAUAAAAAUAUAGAAGACAUAGUGAAUACUACAAUUAUUCACAUUUUAUCUGCAUUUUAGCAUUUUAUGAAGUAAAAAAUACAUAACUCAAAAACAAAUUGAUAGAAUAUUUAUUUAUAUUUUUAUACAAAUAAAAAAACUUUGAAUAAGAAAAAUAGUAAUAUAAUAUUAACAACAAACAUGAUGUUACAAAGAUGUAUUGAAAAAAUAUUUGCAUGUAUAAUACAUAUACUAUAUUAUUAAAAUAUACAUAUAUAUUAUAUCUGUUUAUAUAUUCAAUUUUAUAUAAAAUUAUUCUUGUACAUAUAAUGUGCAAUGUUCUUGUUUCAUUUUGGAAAAAAAGUUCUAAAAUAUUUAAAUUAAAGAUAGUACAGACAAGAAAAGACAUUACAUUUUCUUAGAAAUAUUGACUAUAUUUCUUUUUUUUUGAUAGGAGAACUCCACUGCAAAUAUUAUUUCUUCGUAUAUACAUAUAAUAUAAAUGUCGAGAUAUUCAUGAUUUUCAGAAAAGAAUAUCGAAUUUGCGAUGAUGCACAAUGAGUUAAAUUGUAAAUUUCAAUUUAUAAAACUUUGACUAGGAAAAUGAUAUUUCUCUCUAUUAUCAAUUGGAUCUUUACCUAUUUUAUAAAAAACUUUUGCACUACAAUUAAACUAUAUAACAUAAAAUCACUGCAAAUUCGAUAAAUAUUAUAGAUAAUUUGUUUAUGAAUUUAAACGUUAAUUACAUUUUAUACACACAUCGAUUGUAUUAUAAUGAAACUUAUAAAAUGAUACUAUAAUUUUGAAACUUCUUUUCGAGAUUGUAAUAUAAGCAUGCGUGUUAAUUUAGUAUCUGUUUUAAUAUAUAUCAUUUCCGAACUUUCGAUUAUUCUUAAGGUUUUUGAAGGUUUUUUUGUUUCCAAAACGGGUAACAUCUCAUAUUCUUUUUAUUUAUGACUUUCAACUUUUUAUUUACAAUUAGGAUCGAAUAUUUAAUUAAUCGCUCUCAUAUUUACAUAAAAUUCUUUUAGAUUUCUUUUUUAGGAAAGAUCCAAGUUGGAUUCAAAUGCCUUCAGUCAUUAUUUUUUCUAAGUUUGAGAUAGAUUUCUUAUUCUCUCUUCUUUUCUUAUUAUUUCUUAUUAUCUCUAUUUAGAUGGAGUCAUGCGUUGAUCAAUAGCAAUGUUCAGACUGAUUUAUACUUUCUCCUGUUAUUCACUGUUAUUGUCAUUAAGACGUCAAAUUAUUUCUGUAUACACUUUAAAUUGACAAUUUUAUACUUAUUUGUCUGAAAUAAUCUACAAUAAAAAAAGAAAACUAUUAUUUCUCCAUAAUUGUUACACGCGUGCGUAUACACAUAAUUUAAAAAGCAUAUUAAAAAUGUUAAAUACAUAUAAGAGAAACGAUAUUUAAUGAAGUGAAAAAACAAAAAUUGAUCUUCAGUAAUGGAAGACAAUAUACAGCACAUACAUCCAAACGCGUCCAAAAGUGGUCUUACAAUUAGCGAAUGCCAUAAGUCACCGAGCAAAAUACUAAACUGUCAAAGAUCGAUGCCCAUAAUCGUCCAUAAUAUUAAUUCAUCUAAUCGUUUCGUGGGUGGUGCAGACGAAGAAUCUGCCGUUGAAGAAACUUUCGCCACAAUAUUACCGGAAUCUGUCCAGAACAUACCAAAUUCAUCGCCUUCACCUCCAAUCCUGUCAACACCACCGUCAUCCCUUGUAGAAAAAUCUUUAGACGAAUCUGCGCAACUGAAAGAGGAUUCUCAGAAUAAACAACUUCCUGCAAGUGGACCGUGUUGCUUUUGCAGUCCACAAACACCAGGAUUAGUCGGGGACCGAAAAGUAGAUGAAAUAAUUGAAUACGUGCACCAAAAUCUCGCGGAGGCCGGCAAGGCUUUAGCAUCUUUGGGCGAGAACUUCGAGCAUGAUUUAAAGCUGAUGUUCGUCAACAUUCUGGGACGAAUCCAACAAUGGACUGGUAUCGUUCAGAACAAACUCGGUACUUGUAAAAACGAAGUUGAUAAUCUUCGUAAGGAAUUAUUAGCUCGCGCAUGUGAAAUUGAUGUCAAAACACGCGAAUUGAAAAAUAUUAAGGCUGGGUUUGCGAAAUAUCAGAAUGAUUUACUAUCGAACGGCGAAUUGCCAAAGAAAAGUCUUAAUAAAAAGUACAAGUUGGAACCAAACGAACAGAGAGAAGCAAGUAUCCGUGAAGAUCUACUCGCCAUGGAAGAUGCACAAGCCACGAAUGCUAAAAAAAUUAUGAGAGCAACACGAGCUGCAGAUGAAGAUGAAGAAGACGCACAAGCAGAAAAGGAAAUUAAGAGAAUUAAAAAAAUUAAUGCACAGAAGAAUGCAGCACGAGCUGCCGAUCAAGAAAAUGCAGAAGACUUGCAACUAGAACGAGCUGUCGAUCAAACGGAUGAAGAAGAAGAAGAAACACGAGAUGUCAAUCGAAUAGAUGAAGAAGACGAAGAAAGAGCUAUUGAUCGAAUAAUUAAAACUGAUGAAGAUGAGGAAGAAUCGCUAAAAAGAGGAGUCAAGAAAAGGAAGAUGAAAGACAUCGCUUAUACGAAUAUGAUGAUCCAAACUGACGUACAAGAGAAGGAGAGGAUAAAGCGAGAGUCUGAGCUCGAGUCUGAGGUCAAACGGCUCCGGAAGGAAUACGACAGAGUAGUGAAGGAACGAGCGCAAUAUGAAAGCGCAAUUCAACGAGCACUACUACGAGGAGUAUCAUCUUUAAACGUCGAGGCACUAAGAGUUUUGCGUUGUCCACCGAUUUCCUGUUGCACUCCUUGCGCACCGUGUCCGGCUACCACAGGAAUCAUUCCACCUGAACCUGUUGUGCUGUGUCCUGGCAAGAUCAAGAAGAAACAUUCAAAAUCCGCUAUAGCAACGAUCAAUAGUGUCAAAGUAUCGCGCGACAAGAAUAUACAGAACGGCGAUCAAACUGAUUGCACAACGAAGCGACCUUCCACCAGCAUUUGCUACUCCGUUAGAAACCAGAAGUCUAACAUCGCCUUGAUGAGGAAGAAAUGCUCGGAUGGCAGCAUGGUUUUUCUUCUUCAUCAGGGUGAUGCUAGGAAUUUGAACAUUUCAGACAAGGUAUGUGGCUCGACGAUCAUAAAAAAGAUCGAAAUACCACCGUUGCCGAAAUUUAGUAUAUAAUAAUGAUAAUUUGGGUAUUAUUAGGACAACUAAAAUGAAAAAUAAAUAUUGAAAGAAUUUAAGAAAAAGUAAAAAUUAGUCUGGAGAUUAUACGAUACUGAAUUUAUUAACUUUCUUUAUUCUUAUUUUUUUUUUGUAUAUAUAUUAGAAUUUCUUAAUCUUUCUUAUAUAUGUUGUAUGUAUUUUAUUGAUAUUUUUGAAUUAUAAAUUUACAUGUAAAACUCAGAUUAAAAGCUGGGACGAUUUUGGAAAGUAAGAUGCAAAGUACGGAAUUUAUUAAUUUUGUUUGUUUCAUCAACAUCAUAAUCUCGUGUUAAUUCUUGAUGAUGUUAUCCUCUCUCUCUCUCUCUCUCUCUCUCUCUCAAUGCCAAGUUAUAGUAAUUAACUCAUGCGAGAAACGCGUGAUUCAUUGAGAACAGAUACGAGGUCUACGAGAGUCUAGUAUGGAAUUUGGGUUGGGGACAUUAUUUCGCGAGAAGUAAUUUAUAUCACGCAACAGCACAACAUGUGUUACCUGAUGCUUGCACGUGUAGAUCAAAGUGCCUCGAUUAUCGCCAUUAACAAAUAUUUAAUCGAUUAUCCUUAAGAAUCUCCGAAACGUGCUAUGUAAGAACUUAGCGACGUGCAUAUUACAGAA